GCGCCAAGUGAAUUCAAUAAACCUCCCCAGAUCUCUCUCUCCAGAACUUUCCCUUCUCUUUCCCUCUCUCUCUCUCUCUCUCUCUCUCUAGAAAUGAAGCCCUCCUCUCGCAGAGCGCGCUCGUACUCAUCCUUCACCACCACAGUCACCCACGCUUCCCCUAAUGUCCACUCCACCCCCCAACCAAAACACCACCCAAUACCCACACAACCCGCCGCCGCCGCCGUCAAGAUACAAUCCGCCUACCGCUCCCACUUCAUCCGGACCCUCGUCAAGAAGAUCUCUGCCGUCAAUUCGGAAGCCACCCGCCUCGAACGCCUCAUCCAGCGGCAGGAGACCGUGGACGCGAUCAGGACUGACGACCGCGAGAGGAUCAAGGUGAACGAGGCCCUGAUGGGGCUGCUGCUGAGGCUGGAUGAAGUGCCCGGGGUCGAUCCGACGGUGAGGGAGCUGAGGAGGCGCGUUAGCCGUCGGGUCGUGGGGCUGCAGGAGAUACUCGACGCCGUGUCUGACGCGAAGGUGGAUUAUUUCGGAUGUGGGUUUUUGAGGAGUUGGGACGAGGUUUUGGAGAAAAUAGAGGAGGAUGUGUGUAGGGAGAGAGGUGGGCAGGAGAUGGAGAGGUUUUGUGCUGAGAAUUUAGGGUUUCGUUGUCUCCAGAGGUUUCUUCGCGAUCAAUGGUGAUCGUCGUCGGUGGUAUAUAGUAAUACUAGUAAAUUAGCAUCAAGAUGACAACUGUAGCUCUGUCAGUUUUUCUUUUACUUUCUUAGGAAUUGGGAGAAUGAAGCAUACAAAAAUGCUGCGGACACAUGCUAAACUGUAUGGAUUCGGAUACAGACGUGUUCGAAAUCGUCAGAUGUAUGUGAGCUCAAUAUCUACCUUGUACAAUUCAUGUGCAUCAGACGGUUUGGAACACAAAAUCAUAGAUUGUGCGUUUUGAUCUU